AUGGAUCACCUGGUGCUGCUGCUGCUGCUGCUGUGGAGCUCAGGACUCCAGGCUGAAGGACAACACACCUCAACAGAGCCUGAUGAUGUCAGGUUAGUGGGAGGAGCCAGUCGCUGUGCAGGAACACUGGAGGUGAAACAUAAGGGAGACUGGAGACCAGUGAUUGACUCUGACACUGACCCUGACUCUGACUCUGUCUGGACCCUGAAGGAAGCAGCUGUUGUCUGUAGAGAGCUGGGCUGUGGCUCUGCUGUUUCUGUAGGAAAGAGAAAGGAGUCUUCAGUCAGAUCUGUGUGGAGGAUCGGGUCUGACUGUGUUAGACGUACUCUGUACUGUGUAAGAUAUUACCUCGACCAAGCUUUCACCACCACCAUCCUGAAUCUCACCUGCUCAGACUCUGUCAGGCUGCUGGACGGGACUAGUCUGUGCUCAGGCAGACUGGAGGUGAAGUCUAACCAGUGGUCCUCAGUGUGUGAAGCUGACUUUGACCAGCAGGAUGCAGAGGUGGUCUGUAGGGAGCUCGGCUGUGGGGCUCCUUCAGUCCUCCAGGGGGCGCUCUAUGGAGAAGUGGAGGCUCCGAUGUGGACCAAAGAGUUCCAGUGUGGAGGCCAUGAGUCUGCUCUCCUGGACUGUAGAAGCUCAGGCUCAGCUAGAAACACCUGCUCACCUGGAAAAGCUGUUGGACUCACCUGCUCAGAGCCUGUCAGGUUGGUGGGAGGAGCCAGUCGCUGUGCAGGAACACUGGAGGUGAAACAGGGAGACUGGAGACGAGUUAGUGGCCGUUUCUCUGGCUGGACCCUGAAGGAAGCAGCUGUUGUCUGUAGAGAUCUGGACUGUGGCUCUGCUGUUUCUGUAGGACAGAGAAAGGAGUCCUCAGAUAGAUCUGUGUGGUGGAUCAGGUCUGACUGUGUUCUGUCUGGAUCUGCUCUGAGGGAGUGUGUAAGAUCAUAUUACCUUACCUACAUCCUGGAUCUCACCUGCUCAGACUCUGUCAGGCUGGUGAAUGGGACUAGUCUGUGCUCAGGCAGACUGGAGGUGAAGUCUAACCAGUCUAACCAGAGGUGGUCCUCAGUGUGUGAAGCUGACUUUGACCAGCAGGAUGCAGAGGUGGUCUGUAGGGAGCUCGGCUGUGGGGCUCCUUCAGUCCUCCAGGGGGCGCUCUAUGGAGAAGUGGAGGCUCCGAUGUGGACCAAAGAGUUCCAUUGUGGAGGCCAUGAGUCUGCUCUCCUGGACUGUAGAAGCUCAGGCUCAGCUAGAAACACCUGCUCACCUGGAAAAGCUGUUGGACUCACCUGCUCAGAGGCUGUCAGGUUGGUGGGAGGAGCCAGUCGCUGUGCAGGAACAUUGGAGGUGAAACAGGGAGACUGGAGACGAGUUAGUGGCCGUUUCUCUGGCUGGAACCUGGAGACAGCAGCUGGUGUCUGUAGAGAUCUGGACUGUGGCUCUGCUGUUUCUGUAGGAGAGAGAGAGGAGUCCUCAGUCAGACCUGUGUGGUGGAUCAGCUCUGACUGUGUUCAUUCUGGAUCUGCUUUGAAGGAGUGUGUAAGAUCAGAUUCCUCUUCCUCCAUCCUGGAUCUCACCUGCUCAGACUCUGUCAGGCUGCUGGACGGGACUAGUCUGUGCUCAGGCAGACUGGAGGUGAAGUCUAACCAGUCUAACCAGUGGUCCUCAGUGUGUGAAGCUGACUUUGACCAGCAGGAUGCAGAGGUGGUCUGUAGGGAGCUCGGCUGUGGGGCUCCUUCAGUCCUCCAGGGGGCGCUCUAUGGAGAAGUGGAGGCUCCGAUGUGGACCAAAGAGUUCCAGUGUGGAGGCCAUGAGUCUGCUCUCCUGGACUGUAGAAGCUCAGGCUCAGCUAGAAACACCUGCUCACCUGGAAAAGCUGUUGGACUCACCUGCUCAGACACUGAUCCUGUCAGGUUGGUGGGAGGAGCCAGUCGCUGUGCAGGAACACUGGAGCUGAAACAUCAGGGAGACUGGAGACCAGUGAGAUACUCUGACUCUGACUGGAAGCUGAAGACAGCAGCUCUUGCCUGUAGAGAUCUGGACUGUGGCUCUGCUAUUUCUGUAGGAGAGAGAAAGGAGUCCUCAGACAGACCUGUGUGGAGGAUCAGGUCUGACUGUGUUCAGUCUGGAUCUGCUCUGAGGGAGUGUGUAACAUCAGAUUCCUCUUCCUCCUUCCUGAAUCUCACCUGCUCUGACUCUGUCAGGCUGCUGGACGGGACUAGUCUGUGCUCAGGCAGACUGGAGGUGAAGUCUAACCAGUCUAACCAGUCUAACCAGAGGUGGUCCUCAGUGUGUGAAGCUGACUUUGACCAGCAGGAUGCAGAGGUGGUCUGUAGGGAGCUCGGCUGUGGGGCUCCUUCAGUCCUCCAGGGGGCGCUCUAUGGAGAAGUGGAGGCUCCGAUGUGGACCAAAGAGUUCCAGUGUGGAGGCCAUGAGUCUGCUCUCCUGGACUGUAGAAGCUCAGGCUCAGCUAGAAACACCUGCUCACCUGGAAAAGCUGUUGGACUCACCUGCUCAGAGCCUGUCAGGUUGGUGGGAGGAGCCAGUCCCUGUUCAGGAACACUGGAGCUGAAAUAUCAGGGAGACUGGAGACCAGUGAGAUACCUCGACUGGAGCCUGAAGGAAACAGCUGUUGUCUGUAGAGAGCUGGGCUGUGACUCUGCUGUUUCUGAAAGAUGGAGAAAGGAGUCCUCAUACAGACCUGUGUGGUCGAUCAGGUCUGACUGUGUUCAGUCUGGAUCUGCUCUGAGGGAGUGUGUAACAUCAGAUUCCUCUUCCUCCAUCCUGGCUCUCACCUGCUUAAGUAAGCCCAUAAGUGACAUCAUCUAUGACAUCAUGUAUGACAGUAUUGUCUCCAGUGUGUCCUCUCCUCUGUCUCAGUGUCUCAGUGGUUUCCACUGGAAAUUGACGUUCUAAAGUGUAGAGAGGUGGGCUUGUGUCUUUUUUUAUUUUUAUUUAACCUUUAUUUUAAACAGGAAAGUGUCUAUGACAAGUCCUGUAUUUAGCCAGUGUUGGGCAAGUUACUCAGUUGUAUAUAAUAAUUGUAUAUAAUGUAAAUGUAAAUAAUCCAGAACGCAGGGAAGCAGGAUGACAUGAAGGGACAGAUCAAGGCAGGCUGUACACACUACAACACACUGCAAUGACCGGACACAGACUGAACAGAAACAUCAAAGGGUAACACUUUAUUUGAAGGGGUGUGCAUUAAGACUGACAUGACACUGUCAUACACAUGACAUAACACCUGCCAUGAACAU